AUGCAGCUUAUUAAAGCGCAAUACAAGAGACCGCUGCAGGCGACGCAAAACUUAGUCACCACUGUAGUCUUCAUUCUUAUCGCUGUAAGAAUUAGCAGAAAGACGACGGCAUUUGAUGUCCUAGCGCUAGUCAUGUCAUUGUUGUCGCUGAUUCUUGGUGCCUACCAAGUUGCAACCCAGAAUGUCGACAGAUAUCACCGCUGGGGAAGUCCCAAAUCAUACUGCAUCAUCAACGCAAUGGAAACGAUCCUUUGGACCAUGGUAAUGAUCCUUGGGAUGGCAACAAACAUCAAGCAGUGUACUUCGGGUGCUGGAAAGGGAAGCAGUAACUGUCAGAUCUUCUUUGGUGUGUCUGGUAUCGCCAGUAUUAUCUCGUAA